GGAUCACGAAUAUUCUAUCAAGUCGCAGUGCUGUGGGCUCUUUUUCGCUUACUGGCACACGAAACGGGACGCUCGUUAAGCGGAAGCUUGUUUCAUCCCUGCAUCCUGUCCUGUCCUACGCACUACUGAGAGCUGACCGCCCUCUCGACCGUCGCAGAGGCGGGGUUGCAUUGCAGAAACUAUCUGUCAGAGUGAACUUUCGGAUGGCCGAGAGCAUUAAGGUCCAUGCGAUGUCUAACUUGGAGUUAGCUCAUUCCUCACCCACCCACAACCUGGCCGACCUUACAUCGGUUUCGAUAGCAUCAGCCGGAAAAAGGGGUGAAGUUGAACAGCCGUGUAACGACAAAACUGAAAAGAAUGGAACUUGCGGAAGUCUAACUGAUUUAUACUUUUGCGGUUCUUCUGGACCCCUUGAAUUAAGCAGUGAUUCUGACCGAACAUCACCCAAUUCGGUUUCUGUUAUGACUGAUCGUGUGCAGCACAUAGCGUCUGGUAUUUACGCCGAAUUCGAGGCCAUGAUUGAAACGUACGGACUUCCUGUGGUUGAACGCCUAAUGCCGAUGGUUAUUGGCCUUCUGGAGAAUUUAGACGAGCUAUAUAAGGACCGAUCAGCAUAUCUGACCGAAAUCAGUCAGUUAAGAGAACAAUACUCUUUUACAGUGGGUGAAUUGGAGAAAGAAAAGGAAAGACGGAAGCUGUCUGAAUUGCGUUUAUUGCAAACAGAGGAUGCUUUCGAUGAAGAGAAGAAAGCCCAGGAUCAAAAAAUCGAGUCGUUGAAUGCUGCUUGUCGUCAAACGGAGUUGAGGUUUCAAAACAUGAAAGACCAAGUUCUACGCAUGGAAGCAAAGGAGGCCGAUUGGAAAAAGACUAACGGCAAACUGCAUGAACGCAUCAACGAGUUAAUUCGAUUCAAUAUGGACUUGACCGACCAGUUGAAGUACUCGAGCCGAAGGAAAUCCACCGGAGGACGUGCCCCUUUGCUUCGUUUCGGGGCGAAUGCAGCACCAUCAUGUGUUUUAUUCCAGGGGGAUUUCCCAGCCGAAAAUGCUUCGGCCCCAUCGGUACCGGAGAACCCCUACGACGCCACAAGCGGUGGAUUUGGUUUCGAUGAAAUGCCUUCCACAGAGGAGAUCGCACCCGAGGAUGAUGAACUGCCCGCGGGAAUGCGAAAGGAAAUCGAAGUACUAAUCAAAGAAAACGUUGAACUGGUGGAGACUAAAAACGCUUUGAAUGUCGUCAAAGAUGAUCUGCUCGCAAAAGUCGAUAACUUGACGCUUGAAAACGCCUCCCUCAAAGAAUCAGUCACUCUGCUGACACAAGUCCGCACCAAUUUACAAUCCGAACUGAAUUCCACCGACCAGCUACUUGGCGAUGCGAGAGCUGAAGUCGCGGAGCUCAAGGAACGUAUCUCCUUGUUGUCACGCAGAUUUGAGGACAUUGGAGGAUCAGGACAUCGGAAACGCUUCACCCGCGCCGAAAUGUCUCGCGUGUUAUCUGAGCGAAAUCAAUACAAAGAACGCUUGAUGGAGCUACAAGAUGCUGUUCGCUUCACUGAGACGCUUCGUGCCGGCCAGAAGGGACAUCCCGAACUGCUCCUAAGUCUUAGCUCUCCAAGUAACAAGUGUGUAACAAGUGGGACCCAGUCACCCAUCGGACAGUCCUCUGCUUCCACGCGACCUCUCCAAACACUGCAAAAUUUCUUCAGUGCUCUCGCGUCUGCUCAACGCCAAGAUUCCGGGAAAGACGGAUCGAUCACACCAACCAGAAAUUCGACAAAAUUUACCUCUUUUUCGUCGCAUUCAUGGAUCACCUUGUCAAGGAAACAUACCGACUCUCCUGUCUGUGGUUGGUGCAAUGGAUUGGAUUACCGUAACCACAAAGACACAAGUGUUGGCAAUGUUCCCGUUCCCGUUCCCGUCCAAUGCCGCACAAUUGGAGGCAUCCACCGGCACCGAUUGGAGAUCGUCUCCGCACUUGUUGUGCCUGACGGUCACAGUGCUGCUGAAGGUUGCCACUCUCUGCCUUGUUUGUGGUUAAUUGGCCGUGGUCCAUCACAGCCAAUCGCUUCUGGCACGCCCCCCAAACCCACUGGGAGAGGCUUGAUUGGGCAGGUACACAUAUUUGAGCCUCACCGUCUGCGCCAUCCGCUGCAUCAAUUCGAAUUGGAUUGCGGGUUCAUUCCGAUUGCAGCUGCCCUGGUACAUCCGGACUCCACUCCACUUUUGUCGUCUCCAUCCCUGUGCACACCUUCCGACAAGGCAGCGUCAGUUGUUUUUCAAUGGGAACCCACUCAUAUUUCCAAUUCCAUAUUGCCCUCAGCCUACGUUAUAUUGUCCUCAAAUGAUGGUCGAUUUGUCGUGCUUCGGGGUUCUCCAAUCAGUCCACUCCCUGAAUCGACUGCUACGGAAGAGGAGAAGAAUGCCUGGAUUCAUGCCCGCUUCAGCGUCAUCGACGCUCCCCUAGCAGCUAACUUUCUUGUGUCUAUCAACACUUUGGUAUGCAUCAGUCUGUCGAAUCCUAGUGGCACGAGCCAACUAACCUACUUCAACUUCUCGGAUGUACUGACAAACCCCUCCAGCGCUUCCACUCAACUUACCUUUCCUCUGCUUCCCUUACCUGACGGUGACUCCGCAACUGGUCCCAUGGUCAUGGCCGCCGAGACGCACCACCGGGACUCGAAGGGUCGUGUUUGGCUUGGGACCGCUGGCGGUGGGCGAUGCCAUUGUUUCCUUCUUCAAUCCGGAAAGUUUCUAAACAGUUUAUCACUUCCUCCAGAGACCCCCUGUCUUUAUGCAAUCACACUGCAACCGUCAACUCCUGAUACUCCACUCAUCACGUGGCUUGCAGUGUCGGGUAGUCAUGCAGCUGCAUCGGUGGAAGGCGACUCGAACGCUUCGACUGCUUUAGUGGACGAUACGAGUCGGGGAAUUGCUCGCAUCAUCGGUUUUGACGCGGACAAACAACUUAUGCUGCACCAUUUCGAUCUCACCGCCUCCCUAACAACAAUCCUCGAUUUGGAUCACGUCACUGACCCAGUGGACUUGACAAUAUGCCAGCUUUUGUAUGUACCUCAUCCGGAUGGUGGUAUUCUAUGGUUCGCUACCCGAGCAGGUUGUAUAGGUCGCCUUCUUGACGUGACUAUCACUGAUCCACUGGAUUCCUGUGCCAAAUUGGAAGUUCCUCCAAGUUCCACUAUUUCAAUCAGCUGCCACGGUUACCGAAGACCGGUAUGUAAUCUUAUUACUGUCUGCGAGCCCAGUUCAGGCGAGUCUGUUCAGGAAACGUUAGUUAUCUCUGUCGGUCACGACUAUGCGCACCUCCUCCCGCCAGGCACGAGUUCGCCGUCACACUCGAUGGUUGAUUCCUGCCCCCGUGCCGUCGUGUUGAAAGGUAUGAACAAGCUGCGUCAAAUGGGCUCCGGAGCGCACACAAUUGUAUGGAAACUCUCUUUGGACCCUCACUCUCUGGAUUGCAAUGCCACCAUCUGA